AUUGUCAGUUUCCACAUCUAGAUAGGUCAAGAUAUCAAUGAUCUUCGAUCUGUUUUAAUGAUAAUAAUCAUGAAACUCAAAUUGCUAUUUUUAUUUAUUGCCUACUUGGUAAAUAAAAUAUCUGGUCAUGGUAUGAUGUUAACUCCUCCAGGAAGAAGUUCUUUAUGGAGAUUUAACCAAGACGCAAAACCAAACUAUGAAGAUAAUGAACUUUUUUGUGGUGGAGCACAUGUUCAAAAUGAACUGAAUGGUGGCAAGUGUGGUGUAUGCGGGGAUCCUUAUACAGAUCCUCAUCCACAAGCAAAUGAAAAUACUGGAAUAUAUGGCCAAGGCAUUAUCGCCGGGACUUAUGCUCCAGGUUCGGUUAUUGAGGUUCUAAUUGUAUUAACUGCGAAUCAUCUUGGAAACUUCACGUAUAGUCUCUGUCAACUUGAAGAUCCCAAUGCCCCUGAACCAGGUGAAGAUUGUUUCCAGGACUUACUCCUUGAAGAUGGUUCAGCUAAUUAUCGAGUAGUCGAAAGUGAUUAUAUAUUGUAUCAAAAAGUUCAGUUACCAGAAUUUAAAUGUGAGAGAUGUGUUUUCAGAUGGACUUACAAAACAGGAAAUAGUUGGGGUAUAUGUGAAGAUGGAGAAUCGAGACCAGGAUGUGACCCUCAAGAACAUUUUAGAUCGUGUGCCGAUAUUGCGAUUUUAGAAGAAUAAACAGAAACAAAAGUAUUCCAGACGAAUUGAAAGUUACCAAGUUAAGCUUUUGUAAUCUAUAACAAGUACUCGUUUAAAAAAUAUUUAUUUAUGGAAUUGUCAGUAACUUUUAGUCCAGAAAGCCACUGCGCAUCCGCUAGGAAAAAUAUUCUAAUUCGGAUUUUUUGCACAAUCUUACUCAAAAAGGAUUCCUUUUAACAAAUUUGCAUGUUGCCAGGACCAAAAGGUGGUCAAAAAUUUUUUAAACGUUUUUUUUUGUUUUUUUCCUAAAAUUAUUUUUUUUGCAUGGAAAAAAGUAUUUUUAGGUUUUUUGGAUCAUUCCAAACAGAAAAGGUCUUUAGUGACUUUUCUCUAAAAACGAUAGUUUUUGACAUAUAAGCGACUAAAAAUUGAAAAAUUGCGAAAUCGGCCAUUUUUAACCCUCGAAAACUAUGUGAAAAACUAAAAAUUUUAAUGUUGCCAAGGUAAGUAGAUAUUCUUUAAACAUCGAUUGAUAAAUUCCCGAAGAGUUUUUUGCAAUACAAUAUUCAAAACUCCUUUGUUUUUUAAUUGCUUAUCAAGCGUGCGCGACAGUAUUUUCCACCGACAGUAUGGUGCAAAUGAAAGGAAUAAAUUCGUUAUUUCGUAAACCGGCGACUUUAAGGAAAAAUCCCGAAACAGGUCGAUUUUUAUUUUUAAGUUAUGAUAUUAUGGCAUAUAUGGUAUACUAGUGACGUCAUCCAUCUGGACGUGAUGACGUAAUCGAUGAUUUUUAUAAACGAGAAUAGGGGUCGUGUGCUAGCUCAUUUGAAAGGUUCUUCAAUUGUCAAUUCAGUAAUAUAAACAUUUAGAUAAUUAUUUAUAAAGGGUGUCCAAAAAAUUUUUAUUAAAUUAAAUUAUUUGACAAAACAGAAGUAGAAGGACACCCUGUAUAAAUAAUUAUGUAAAUGUUUACAUUACUGAAUAGAGAAUUGAAGAACCUUUCAGAUGAGCUACCACACGACCCCUAUUCUCAUUUAGAAAAAUCAUCGAUUACGUCAUCACGCCCAGACGGAUGACGUCACUAGUAUACCAUAUAUGCCACAAUAUCAUAACUUAAAAAUAAAAAUCGACCUGUUUCGGGAUUUUUCCUUAAAGUCGCCGGUUUACGAAAUAACGAAUUUAUUCCUUUCAUUUGCACCAUACUGUCGGUGGAAAAUAGUGUCGCGCACGCUUGAUUAGCAAUUAAAAAACAAAGGUGUUUUGAAUAUUGUAUUACAAAAAGCUCUUCGGGAUUUCAUCAAUCGAUGUUUAAACAAUAUCUACCUACCUUGGCAAUAUUAAAAUUUUCAGUUUUUGACAUAGUUUUCCAGGGUUAAAAAUGUCCGAUUUCGCAAUUUUUUAAUUUUUAAUCGCUUAUAUGUCAAAAACUAUCAUUUUUAGAGAAAAGUCACUAAAGACCUUUUCUGAUUGGAAUGAUCCAAAAAAUCUAAAAAAAACUUUUUUCCAUGCAAAAAAAAUAAGUUUAGGAAAAAAACAAAAAAAAACGUUUAAAAAAUUUUUGACCACCUUUUGGUCCUGGCAACAUGCAAAUUUGUUAAAAGGAGUCCUUUUUGAGUAAGAUUGUGCAAAAAAUCCGAAUUAGAAUAUUUUUCCUAGCGGAUGCGCAGUGGCUUUCUGGACUAUUUAUAGAAAGUCAAGUGCAAUAAUAAAACAAAACACAAAAACACCCUGAUGUUUUUUUAUUUUCGCAGAAUAAGUGGUCAAACUUGCAUAUUUUACAAAGUAAUUUACAAAACUAUUUGUAGCAUGUACAAGUAACUCCUGAUACAAGAAUAAAAAACCGCUAAACGCCGUAAAAAUGAGUGGCGCAUACAAUAUUCCAGCUACAAAAGAUCUGAUAUGAAUAUUACGUGGCGCGAUAAUGUAUUUUCAUUUUGAUGCAAAACAAAAUUCUAGUUUUGUUUUAAAAUAUUUUUCCACGAUAUUUGCUAAAUUUGAAUUAAACGCGCCUCAAAAGGGUUUCAAAAUUCAAACUGUAUCAAAGUUACUCUUCUGGGGCGCGUUUUACUUCAAAUUGAGCAAAUAUUAUGGAAAAAUCUUUUAAUAUAAAACUAGAAUUUUGUUUUACAUCAAAAUGAAAAUACAUUUUCGUGCCACGUAAUGUUCAUAUCAGAUCUUUUGUAGCUGAAAUACCGGGUGUCUACUUAUAUUUUCCCCACUUUUAACUGCCUAUAACUUCUAAACGGCUUAAGAUAGAAAUAUGCGGUUUUCGCUGAAAUGUUUUAUUUUAGUAAAAGUUUUGUCUGAAUGGACUGAAUUUUUUAUAUCGCUUUCAAAUACGAAAAGAAAAAUGGCGGAUUUUUGAAAAAAAAACGUUGUUGACUUUUUUUAAUGGAACACCCAGUAUAUUUUUUUGUAAAUUGAAAGAAAGGUCAUUCACCUAUCCAGCGAUAUAAAGUUCUUCAAAAUCGGUUGUCAAAACACUGAGUAAUUAAUUUUUAAAAUGAGCGGUGCAACGUGGAUAUCACAUACCUAAAUAUCAUAACUAAGCAAAAUGAUAUUAUGUUAUGUAAUUUCCACAUGGCAUCUUUCAUUUUAAAAAUUAUUUGCUCAGUCAUUUGACAACCGAUUUUAAAAAAUUUAAUAUCUAUGGAUAGGUAAAUGACUGUUUUUUCAAGCUACAAAAAAAUAUACUGGGUGUUUCAAUAAAAAAAGUCAACAACGUUUUUUUUCCAAAAAUCCGCCAUUUUUUAUUUAAAAGCGACAUAAAAAAUGGUCAUUUACCUAAAAACUUGAAAAAACGGUCAUUUCCCUAUCCAACGAUAUAAUUUUUUUUUUAAAUCGGUGGUCAAAUGACUGAGCAAAUAAUUUUUAAAAUGAGAAAUGCAAUGUGGAAAUCACAUAUUAUGUUAUUUAGGUAUGUGAUAUCCACGUUGCACCUCUCAUUUUAAAAAUUAAUUACUCAGUGAUGUGACACCCGAAAAGCAUUAUAUCGCUGGAUAGGUGAAUGACCUUUCUUUCAAUUUACAAAAAAAUAUACUGUCUGUUCCAAUAAAAAGAAGUCAACAACGUUUUUUUUUUAAAAUCCGCCAUUUUUCUUUUCGUAUUUGAAAGCGAUAUAAAAAAUUCAGUCCAUUCAGACAAAACUUUUACUAAAAUAAAACAUUUCAGCGAAAACCGCAUAUUUCUAUCUUGAGCCGUUUAGAAGUUAUAGGCAGUUAAAAUGGGGGAAAAUAUAAGUGGACACCCGGUAUUGUAUGCGCCACUCAUUUUUACGGCGUUUAGCGGUUUUUUUAUCCUUGUACUAUUCCAUAAAUUUCAUGUUGGUGAUAUAUUUGUCUUGUUAUUCUUAUCUGAUUAUAUUUUUUAGCCAAAUUCACAAAUCAAGAUUUCGACCAAGCUUACAACCAUUUAUUGCGAUUUUAUUUUUCUUUCUUCUGAUAUCCAUCUUUGUUUAUUGUUCUAUUUUUAUUACUGACUCAUUAGUAUUUUAUUCGGUACAAUAUUAUACCUAUUAUUACUUUGUUAUUACUCUAAAACUUGUCCAGUUCUUGAUCUUAUCAGUUAUAUUUAUGUGCCUACAUACAAUACAUUUAUUCUUAUUUUUUCAUUUAGUAUAUCUACAUUUUCUUGAAAUAUUUGAUAAAUAAUAUAUAACAUGUUUAAGUGCACAUAUAUUCUUAAUUUAUUUUAUAUUAUGUUAAUUAUGAUAUUUUAUUCAAAGGGAUUUUGGUUACACAGAUAAUGACUGUACAUUUUUCUGAUAAGUACAAAUGAAUUGGUGGUGUAUAUUAUGCCAGAAGCCGGACUUUUAGUUUUUAGGUGACGCACAUUUUUAAAGUUACAGUGCUCAACAAUUGAUAAGGGUCAAAGUAAUAUUUACGCUACUUAAAGAGUCGAAGUUUGUAGAAAUUUAAUGAAAUUCAAUAAUAUUAAUACCACGACUUUGUUAUAAAUUUUAAACGAAAUAAAAUAAAUUUUGUUAUUGUUGC